CCCUGUGUUUUCUUACCUGCUGGCUAAGGUGGGCCACUGCUACUGAAAUUUGGUGGGUCUAUCUAGUUUAUCUUGUUCCACAAUAAGAUUGAUCUUAAGUUUGUCGAAACUCAUUUGAUAUGUGAGAAGGACUAUGGAUCUUGAAAAUGCCAUAUCCUGGAGGUCCUCAAGGAAGGAUUCUUGGAAGACCACCCUGCUAUUAGCUUAUCAAAGUCUUGGUGUAGUCUACGGGGAUCUCAGCAUUUCCCCUCUUUAUGUGUACAAGAGCACCUUUGCAGACGAUAUUAAUCAUUCCGACACUAAUGAAGAGAUCUUUGGUGUCCUUUCCUUUGUCUUUUGGACUCUCACUCUAAUUCCCCUAUUCAAGUAUGUCUUUGUUGUCCUUAGAGCCGAUGACAAUGGGGAGGGUGGCACAUUUGCACUGUAUUCCUUAUUAUGCCGACAUGCCAACGUCGGCCUUCUUCCCAACCGCCAACUUGCUGAUCAAGCAUUAUCAACCUAUGUUAUGGAGCAACCUACUGAGAGGAAAAGUAGCUUGAGAGUAAGAGUUUUUCUUGAGAGGCACAAGUCCUUGCACACUGCUUUGCUUAUCUUGGUUUUACUUGGCACUUGUAUGGUAAUUGGGGAUGGACUUCUCACUCCAACCAUAUCAGUCUUCUCCGCAGUUUCUGGGCUGGAGUUAUCAAUGGAACAUCACCAGUAUGCAAUUAUUCCAAUUACUUGUUUUAUAUUGGUCUGCCUUUUUGCACUACAACACUAUGGCACACAUCGGGUAGGUUUCUUUUUUGCACCAAUUAUCCUGGUUUGGCUACUAUGCCUCAGUGGUCUGGGCUUGUACAACAUAUUUCACUGGAACCGGCAUAUCUACAAGGCACUUUCUCCUUGCUACAUGCUUAAGUUUUUGAAAAAGACAAAAAAGGGAGGAUGGAUGUCUCUUGGUGGAAUAUUAUUGUGCAUUACAGGCUCAGAAGCAAUGUUUGCUGAUCUUGGGCACUUCUCCUAUGCUGCAAUUCAGAUUGCUUUUACCUUGAUGGUUUAUCCUGCAUUGAUACUGGCAUAUAUGGGCCAAGCAGCUUACUUGUCGAAGAAUCACAUCAGUAGCUACCAGAUCAGUUAUUAUGUCUCUGUUCCAGAAAGUAUUAGGUGGCCUGUGUUGAUACUAGCCAUCCUUGCUUCUGUUGCGGGAAGUCAAGCAAUCAUCAGUGGAACAUUUUCUAUCAUAAACCAGAGUCAAUCACUUGGUUGUUUUCCAAGAGUUAAGGUUGUUCACACCUCUGACAAGAUACACGGUCAGAUCUAUAUCCCUGAGAUCAACUGGAUGCUCAUGAUUCUCUGCAUUGCUGUAACGAUUGGCUUUAGAGACACAAAACACAUGGGGAACGCAUCAGGAUUAGCAGUGAUGGCAGUAAUGCUAGUGACCACAUGCCUAACAUCUUUGGUCAUCAUACUGUGUUGGCAGAAACCUCCAAUGUUAGCUCUUCUAUUUAUACUCUUUUUUGGCUCCAUUGAAUUACUCUACUUUUCUGCUUCCUUAAUAAAAUUCCUAGAAGGUGCUUGGCUGCCAAUCCUCCUCGCACUCUUCCUUGUGACGAUCAUGUUUGUUUGGCAUUAUGCCACUAUCAAAAAAUAUGAAUAUGACCUACAUAAUAAGGUUUCCUUGGAAUGGCUAUUAGCUUUGGGUCCAAGCCUAGGUAUUUCUCGUGUACCUGGCAUUGGCCUUGUUUUUACUGAUUUGACCUCUGGAAUCCCUGCAAAUUUCUCACGCUUUGUCACUAACCUCCCUGCCUUUCACCGUGUCCUUGUAUUUGUGUGUAUAAAAUUUGUGCCUGUUCCAUUUGUGCCUCCAGAAGAACGUUAUCUUGUAGGCCGCGUAGGUCCUGCAGCUCAUCGAUCCUACAGGUGCAUCAUUCGGUAUGGGUACCGAGAUGUUCAUCAGGAUGUUGAUUCUUUUGAAUCUGAACUUGUUGAUAAGUUGGCUAAUUUUAUAAGAUAUGAAUGGUGUCGUGUUAAUAGAAGAACUGAUACAUGUAAUGAAGAUGGUCGAUCUCCUUCAGAUAUAUCAUCUAGACUGACAGUGAUCGGGACUGUGGCUUUCUCUGGUACCCCAGCUUUUCAGGUUGAUGAGAAUGUGCAACCACUAAGUGUAUCCAUCGGGUUCCCAACAGUUGAGAGUGUGACAGAUAUAACUGAGCUGGAAACCGUUGGUGCGGCUGAAAGAAGAGUAAGGUUUGCUGUUGAGGAUAAAUCUGAAUCUGAUACACAAUAUUCUGACGUAAAUGAACAGUUGCGUGAAGAGGUAGAAGAUUUGUUUUCAGCUCAACAAGCUGGGAUUGCAUUCAUGCUAGGGCACUCACAUGUUAAAGCUAAACAAGGGUCAUCUCUGAGCAAGAAGUUGGCGAUUAAUUAUGGGUACAACUUUCUUAGAAGGAACUGUCGAGGGCCAGAUGUUGUUCUCAAAGUUCCUCCAGCUUCUUUACUCAAGGUUGGAAUGGUGUAUGUUGUUUAGCUUAUUUUGUAAAAACAAAUUAAUGAAUAUCAAUCAUAUCUACAGUUUAGAUAUGAUUCUAAACAAUCAUAA